AAGUUGGCGCAACUGAUGACGGUCACACAUUUUAAAUAUAAUUCGUAACAGUAGCGACAACACAGAUUGGAAAAGUUGAAAAAGCUAUAAUUUUGUCUUUUGAUUUAUUUUGUAAUUAUUUUUCUGUGUAUCGAAGUGAUAGUUGAGGUGUUAUUCGACGAUGUCGAAUAAUAUUAAAGUGGCCAUAAAAGUGCGUCCACUUAUCGCUAGGGAGAAACGGAACAAAAUCGAAGAACAAUGGACUGUGACACAAAAUUCAAUUGUGUCGAAAAAUCCGUUGCAAGCAUCGGUGUAUCAUUUUGACCAUGUCUUUGGGAAGGAAUCAAACAAUCGUGAUGUGUUCGAAAUAAUAGCCAAUCCGAUUGUCAAACAGUGCCUCGAAGGCUACAACGGAACGAUAUUCGCGUACGGUCAAACGUCGUCAGGCAAGACACAUACCAUGAUUGGAAAUGAUGUAGAUCCGGGCAUAACAGCACUGGCCGUUCGACAGUUGUUUGAGGAAAAUGAAUCCGAUCGUACGUUUAUGAUUCGUGUCGGAUACAUUGAGAUCUACAAUGAAAAGGUGUACGACUUGCUGAACGAACGGAAGCAGGUGACAAUUAACCAGAAUGGUGACAAUGAUGUCCGACUUACAAACAAAGAGGAGAUCGUCAGCGAUGGUGACACAAUUUUGAAUAUUUUAACGCAGGGCAAUAGAUUGCGGAAAGCGGCUCAAACAAAUAUGAACGAGCUGUCCAGUCGAUCGCAUGCAAUAUUCCGCAUAAUAAUCGAAUCCGAAGAUGCAAACGGCAAUGGGCCUGUGCGUGUCAGCUACUUGAACUUGGUCGAUUUAGCCGGAUCCGAAAAGGCUACCGAUGCGAACAACGAGACCCGAUUGAAGGAGGGCAAUGACAUCAACAAGAGCCUGCUUCACUUGGGCAUUUGCAUUCGAGCUCUCAGUGAAGGCAAGAGAUUCGUGGAUGUUCGCAGUUCGAAAUUGACGCGAAUACUGCAAGCGUCCUUGGGUGGCAACGCUUACACGGCAAUUGUGUGCAACAUAACGCCGGGCGCCAUUGAAGAAACUGCGUCGACGUUAGGGUUUGCCAAUCAAGCAAAGACAAUUGUAAAUGAAGCCAAAUGCAACGAGGUCUAUUCGCCCGAAGAAGCAAUCAUGAAACAGAUGCAAUCUGAAGUGGCCCGAUUGAAAACGGAACUGGAGCUUAGUGCCGAGAACGAGAAGAAGCUACGAGCAGAGAUCGCGACCAAGGAGUCGAAUUUUUUGUCCGGCAAAGAUAUGCGAGUGGUGAAAGUGGAUCGUCGUAAAACGUGGCAUCACAUGCCCGGCGACAAUUUUCAGCCAAUAUCGAUGAUACCACGAGGUCCAAUUGGCAAGGUGACGUUGAAGAUCCGCCCGUCAUCAGACUCAUCAACUCCACAGCCAGAUUUGCUGAAAACUCCACGGGAAUUCCGAAUUCCAUCGUCAUGUGACACCCCGUCUCCUAUGCAAGCAACAUUGAAGUAUCGGCUGGGCAGAGUGGAGAAAGAAUAUUCCGAUCUUCAGCAGUUUACGUCACUGGAAGCUCGGUUCGAUCUCUGUGCAGAUGCUCUGAAAAAAGACGGCCUCAUCGAAAAGUUGGAAAUGGAAUUGAAGAUUGCCAGAGAAGAAGUGGAGCACUACAGACAGAUGAAUUGCGAUAAACUGACAAACGGAAUCAGCAAUUCCAAUGGAAUGAUCGAACCAGUAUCGAAUGGCGGCACUGAUAGUUCGGCGAUUGUAAAUGAACUUCAGGCGGCAAAGGAUAAAAACAACGAACUGAUCCAGAAGAUUGCUGAGCUUCAAUCGACAUUUGACAAGGAGAAGAAAAAUUUGGAUCAACGGUUUAAGGCUGCCAAAGAUGCCCGCGAAAAGGCAGAAAUUCUUCAGGCUGAAGGCGAAAUAACAUUCGAACAGUACAAGAAGCAAACGAAUCGUCGCAUUAACGAAUUGAUAAGUGAGGUCGAAAGUCUGAAGGUAAAUUCAAUUGUCAAGCCAGUGGAUUUGAACAUUUCCAAGAUGCCGAUCAAAGUAGAGCCGGCAAAUUCGUACGAGUUGACGGAAUUGAAAUUUGAACUGGAUCAACUGAAGAUGGACCGGGAACGGCAGAGGAAGUCAAUCGAAUCUUUGCAAUCGAAUUUAAGUUCGCUAACGGAUGAACGAAAUGCCAUAAAAUCCGAGUAUGCGGAAGCAUCUGCUCGCAAUGACAAGAUCAUCGCUGAAUUGGAGUCACAACUGAAGGAACUGGUCGAAGAGAAAAGUGCUAGCAAAACGGAAAUGUUGAAUCUCAACAACCGGAUCGUCGAAGAUUUGGAACUGAAGGUGAAGACAGUUACGGAAGAAAAGAAUGUCCUCCAGUCAGAACACACGGACACAUCUGCACGAAGUAAAAAGAUCAUCGGAGACUUGGAGUCGCAACUGCAGAUGCUCCACACCGAACAGACGGAAAUAUCUGCCAGUCAUGCCAAUAACUUGAAAGACUUGGAAUCACAACUGGAAGCAAUGUGGGAAGAAAGGAACGUUCUGUCCGAAAAAUCGACACUCAACAGCAAAAUCAUCGAAGAAUUGAAAAAGGAAGUGGAGACAGUGACAGAGGCAAGGAAUAACCUCGAAUUAGAGAAGUCGGAAGCGUUGGGUAAAUACGAGAAGAACAUCGCAGACCUGGAAGCUCAGCUGAAAAUUCUGCAGUCAGUGAAGUUGGAAGAGGCUGCACGCCACGAGGCUAACAUCAAUGACUUGGAGGCGCAACUGCAGAUAAUGACCGAUGAAAGAAAUGUUCUUGAGUUGAAGAUUGCUGAGCCCGAUAGCAGUAGUGAAACUAUCAACGACCUUAAAUCCCAAGUGCAGACUUUAACAUUGGAAAGAAAUACUCUGCAAUCGGAGCACUCGGAGCUGUCAGUUAGCAACGCGAAGAUCAUCAAAGACAUGCAAUCGGAAUUGGAUGCAGUAAUCGAAGAGAAAAAGGGUCUCGAGUCGGAGAAUUCGGAUCUAUCCACACAGAUCAUGGAAUACAUUGAAGAGCUGGAUGCAUUGAAAUCCCAAUUGGAUUCAAUGGGAAAUCUACAAACCAAAUUCGACGACCUGCAGAAAAUCUACGACGAUAAUUUACAAGUCAUCGAAAAAACGGAAGAGGAAUGCAAGGCAUUCAAAGCAUCACUCCUUGAAUCUUAUGACAAAAUUAAGAUUUCAAUGGAAGAGACCGAAUCGUUGAAGCGGAGAAAUUCGUCCCUUUCUGUGGAGGUUUCCAAUUUGAAAAAUUUGGUAAGCACGAAAUCGGCGGAGGUGGAAGACCUCAAGAAGAAAGCGGAAGAACUUCAGCAACAAAACGAAAUGUUGGGCUCCGAGGUGAAAGACGAUCAAGUAGAAGCGUUACAGAAGAAACAUCGCGAGGACAUUGCCGAAAUGGAAGAUUUCUACAAAAAAUUAACGGAUCAGCAGAUGGCAGAUGUGAAAAAGUUACAAGCGACAGUCGUCCAGUUACAGUCAGAACUAACCGAUAAGGACAAACAAUCGUGUGAGCUUCAAAGUGGUCUGAAAAAAGAACUACAAGCAAAGCAGCAGCAGAUUGACGACUACGAAACGGGCAUGUCUGAACUUCGCACACAAUUGUCUGAAAUGAAGUCAAAGAUGCAGUUGGAGCAACAGCAAUUACAAGAAACCAUGAAUCAGUUACAAUCGGAAUUAAACGACAAAAAGCAGCAGUCGAGCGAAUUGCAAAGUGAUUUGAAAAAUGAAUUGCAAGUGAAGCGGGAGCAGGUUGUCAAUAACGAGAAAACCAUUUCCGAUCUUCGGUCCGAAUUGUUGGAAUUACAAGAAACCCUCGAUCAGUUCCAAUUAGAAUCAAAUGACAAAGAGAAGCGGUCGUUUGAGUUGCAAAGUGAUUUCAGGAAUGAUUUGCAAGAAAAGCAAAAGCAGAUUGUAGAUUACGAGACAAGCAUCUCUGAACUUCGAUCCGAAUUGGUGGAAUUGAAAGACACGAUCGUCCAGUUAAAAUCGGAAUUGAGUAACAAAGAAGAACAGAUUGUCAAUUUCGAGAAGGCUAUCUCGAGUGUUAAGUCAGAAUCGAGCGAAUUGAAAGGAGCACUACAACUCACGGAACAGAAAUUGCAAGACACCAUCGUCCAGUUACAAUCAGAACUAAACGACAAAGUCAAACAAUCGUGUGGACUGCAAAGUGAUUUGAAAAAAGAACUUCAAGAAAAGCAGCAGCAGGUUGACAAUUACGAGACGAUCAUCACUGAUCUUCGGUCAGAACUGCUGGACUCGAAAACUAAAAUGCAGACAGAUCAUCAACAGAAAGAAACCCAGUUGCAAGGGACUAUAAUGCAGUUCCAAUCUGAAUUAAAUAGCACGGGACAACUGGUGGUCGAUCUGGAAAAGGUCAUCUCGCUUCUUAAGUCGGAAUUGGCGGAAGUGAAAGCUAAACUUCAGCUAGAACAACAACAGGCGCAACAAAAUGUUCAAGGGACCAUCGACCAAUUACACUCUGACUUAAAUGACAAAGAAACGGCCAUUUCUCAUCUUAAUUCAGAGUUGUCGGAGUUGAAGAAACAGUCUAGUGGAUUCCAAAGUGACUUGAAAUCGUUACAACUGGAUUUACAGGAAAAACAGCAGCACCUCGACCAUUCAGCAUCUGCCAUUUCUGGUCUUAGGUCGGAAUUGUUAGACAUGAACGCAAAGCUGCAGGUAAAACAACAAGAAAGCGAAAGCAACGACGACAUUGUCGCAAAAUUGCAAGCUGAACUGAAGGAUAAGGCUAAGAAUGAGCUGACAGCCAAACAUGUGAUUGAGACUUUGGAGAAUCAACUGAGAAGUCAUGAAACCGAUGAGCAGAAGAAACAUUCCCCGAAAUCGAUGAAAAUGAACGUAAAUGCUGAUCGCAAGGCACGUCGGUACAGCCAACACGAUGAGUCGAGAAUAUGGUUGGACGAUACAGUUGAACCGCCCAGAAGUGUCGAGUCGCAAACCGAUCCGUCUGACCAGAAUUGCAGUUGUGAAUCCAUGAACAUAAAAAUCGUGGAACUGAAACAGACGGUGGCAAUCAAGACAGCCGUCAUCAACACCCAACGACUGGAGAUGGAGAAUCAUCCGUUGAUCAGCAAAAAUAAGGAUUUGAAAAAGGAGUUGGAUGAGAUGAAAGCGGAAGCCGACCUACUCCACAGAGACGUUGAUCAUUACAAAGCGAAAUUGCAACGGGAGAAAAAGAGUCGCGAAUGUUCUUGCCGUAACAGAGUGAUGGAAAGCAAAGAGGUACAAUGUUCACAGGAUUCCGAUACCGAAACGGUUACAAACGGUCAAAGCGGCGUUUCGAAUAGUCAGCACCCAAAUGUUUACAAUCUGGACAGCGACUUGCAGUUGUAUUACGUAAAAACGAUACCGAUGAAAUAUAGGGAGGCAACUGCGAAGAUAAUAAAAUUGGAAGAAAGCAACAAAGAAGCCCAAAAGAAAUCGAACUUUUAUAAGGAAUUGGCAUUGUCCCGGCGAGCCGACGUUAAAAAACUUGAAGCGGAAUUAGCACGAAGAACGGCUGCGCCCACUUCGGAGUCGAGCAGCUCUUCAACGGACACGAAACCGGAGUAAAGUUUUCUCCUUGUGAUAUUUAGUUUUGACUUAGUGUUAAUAAAAGGUCCAGAAUAUUUUUCAAUUCGA